CAGAAAACCACCCCCAAGAACUAAAAAACUAACCGAGCCAUAUCAUAUGAUAUGAUAUGAUGUGAUAUGGUAGUAGCACUAGCAGCAGUAUGAAAAAGGCAGAGGGAACAAAAGAAAAUGGUGGUGGAUCCUUUCGGGCCCCUGCUCUAGAAUACUAGCGCAACUGAUAUGGGGUCAAUUCGUGGCAAGAUUUGGAGCAAAUCUGCUCCAGGAUCUUGCUUUCCAUGCGCUGGGACUUUCUUUUAGUCACCGCACCUUUUUCCCCUUCGCUUUGCUUUCCACGAUUCCACACAUCAUAUCUCCUCGAAUCGUUUCAUGUGCUUACUGCUUAUAUAUAUAUAUGUGUGUGUGUCUGUCGACUCAAGCACACACACACACAUCCUCCACCACCAUUCAUCAGAAAGCGAAGCACCAGCCUCUGAUGCCAAGCCAAAGCACACACACCUCCUCCAGCCUUUCUUCCUCUACAACCCCAAUUCUUCCCUGCAGCUCUGCUGCUGCCUUGUUUCGAUCGGUCAUGGCGGCGGUGGCCACAGAGACUCCGUUCCAUGUCCUGGCGGUGGACGACAGCCUCCCGGACAGGAAGCUCAUCGAGAGGCUCCUCAAGACCUCUUCCUUCCAAGUGACCACUGUCGACUCCGGGAGCAAGGCGCUGCAGUUCCUGGGCCUCCAUGACCAGGACAGCACGGUUCCUCCUGUCCACACGCACCAGCUGGAUGUGGCUGCCAAUCAGGAUGUGGCUGUGAACCUGAUCAUCACAGACUACUGCAUGCCUGGCAUGACAGGAUAUGACCUGCUCAAGAAGAUCAAGGAGUCGUCGUCUCUCAGAGAUAUCCCGGUGGUGAUCAUGUCCUCUGAGAACAUUCCUUCAAGGAUCAAUAGGUGCCUGGAGGAAGGAGCUGACGAGUUCUUCCUAAAACCUGUGCGGCUAUCAGACAUGAACAAGCUCAAGCCCCACAUACUGAAAAGCAGAUGCAACCAGGAACAGCACCAGCAAAGUGACAGUCACAGUGGCGAACGCAGGAACCCCACAAUCAGCAGCAGCGAUAGCAUAAACAACCGCAAGAGAAAGGGUGCAGGCACCGAAGAAAUCUUGCCCCAGCUGGCAAACAGAUCAAGGCACAGUUAACUGAGAACUGACUAGUACAGCUAAAACCUUUUCUUUUUCACUUUACUUUGGCUUACUGAUUUGUAACGUAGAUGUUAGCCCUGGAUUUGCAAAACGGAACGGAAUCUGUAAACUGAUACUGCUUGAGUCGAAUCGAUCGAAGUGAUUCUGCACCAGAUCUCCCUAUUUCAUUUAUCAGAAUCGAAAGCCAGCUGACAGAGUCACAGUAACAGCCCGUUGGACAUAGCAGCAGGUGCCGAAGCCAAGAACAUCUGAAACUGACCGUCGGAUAACCUACGAUGGGAGUAGCCUUUUACUGCUUCUAAGCUUUAGCCUGGAUACAAGUUGUCACUACAGUAGUCAGUAGGGCAGUAACUUGGUGCAUCUCCAAGAGUUUUCAAAACACACUGUCAAUCUAGAAAUUUUUGGUGAUGUAGCUUCUCCCACAAGUGGCCUCUUGCAAAUUCUUCAGUGAUGUGGUUUCUACCACUUGUGCUCU